CGGGGAGCAAUGUCGGACUUUCAGGCGUUUUACGACUCAUACGAUUACUAUGAUGAUGAUGAUGGUGAUGAGGGGUAUUACGAUGAGGGGGCGUAUUAUGACGAGGAGGAAGACGAGGAGGACGAGGAUGACCCGUGGGUCGCGGGUGCGGCUCGGCAGCAGCGGGACGCGGAGUCGCAGACACUGUUGGAGCGGGAUGUCAUGGAGGCCUCCAGGGGGCUGGCGGCGCUGCGGAGGGAGCUGCGCGCGGUGAUGUGGCCCGGAGCUGACACGGCGGGAGGGAACCACGUGGGGCCGCCACCGCCGCCACACCCGGGAGCCCACCG